CAGCUGCCGCUGCCUGCUCGGUGCCGCGUCUCGCCGGAGGCGGCUGCUGGAAGCCGCCGGAGCAGCUGUGGCGCUCUGCCAUAUUGUGUCUUCCCCUGCCCGUCCUUCGCCUCCCCGCUGCGGCGGCCGAGCUGACGAACUAUAAGAGUAAAUGGGUCCAGUAAUUGGAAUGACUCCAGAAAAAAGAGCUGAAAUCCCAGGAGCUGAAAAGGUUGCAGGAUUAAGCCAGAUUUACAAAAUGGGAAGCUUGCCUGAAGCUGUUGAUGCUGCCAAGCCAAAGGCCACUCUAGUGGACAGUGAGUCAGCAGAUGAUGAACUCACAAACUUGAACUGGCUUCAUGAAAGUACUAAUCUUCUAACAAACUUCAGCUUCGGAAGUGAGGGUCUUCCAAUUGUCAGUCCAUUGUAUGACAUAGAGGGAGAUGAUGUGCCAUCCUUAGGACCAUCUUGCUGUCAGAACCCAGAAAAAAAAUCAGCAACUUCAAAGCCUCCAUAUUCCUUUAGUCUUCUCAUUUAUAUGGCUAUUGAACACUCUCCAAAUAAAUGUUUGCCUGUCAAAGAAAUUUAUAACUGGAUUCUGGACCGCUUCCCAUAUUUUGCUACUGCACCAACAGGCUGGAAGAAUUCUGUUCGACAUAAUCUGUCACUGAAUAAAUGUUUUCAGAAAGUGGAAAGAAGCCAUGGCAAGGUUAAUGGAAAAGGUUCCUUAUGGUGUGUUGAUCCGGAAUAUAAACCCAACCUUAUGCAGGCUCUGAAGAAGCAACCUUUUGCUUCUCCUGCAUCUCCACAAAGUGGCUCUUUAUCACCUCAUUACUUAAGCUCUGUACUCAAGCAAGACCAGGUGCGAACUCUUAAAGAAUCUGAUAUUGAUGCUGCCACUGCAAUGAUGCUUUUAAAUACUUCUAUAGAACAAGGAAUUUUAGAAUGUGAGAAGCCUCUUCCUCUUAAAACAGCAAUGCAAAAAAAGAGGAGUUACGGCAAUGCAUUUAAUCAUCCCGGUGCUGUGCGGUUACAAGAAAGUGAUUCUUUAGCCACUAGCAUUGAUCCAAAAGAAGACCACAAUUACAGUGCAAGUAGCAUGGCAGCACAGCGUUGUGCAUCCAGGUCUAGUGUGUCUUCCCUGUCUUCUGUGGAUGAGGUGUAUGAAUUUAUCCCAAAGAGUAGCCAUGUGGGAAGUGAUGGCAGUGAAGGAUUUCACAGUGAAGAAGAUACAGAUGUUGAUUAUGAAGAUGAUCCUCUUGGAGACAGUGGCUAUGCAUCACAGGCUUGUGCAGAUACCUCUGAAAAAAGGCAGCCAGGCAAAAAGAUGCGAAAACAGUCAUGUCAGGAAAUUGAUGAGGAGCUCAAAGAGGCAGCUGGAUCUCUGCUCCACCUUGCUGGAAUUCGUACAUGUCUGGGUUCCCUAAUAAGUACUGCAAAAACACAAAAUCAAAAGCAGCGGAAAAAAUAGAAAUACCUGUUAGUGUGAAAUUAUUUUAAAAUGUGGCAAUAUUCUUCUACUUAAUUCUUUACAAGGGAUAUCAAAGCCAUAAUGGACUUGUUUUGUUUUUAGGGUGGGGGAGGGGUGCUAAUUGUUUAUUUCAAAACAUUUUUGUUUGUUUAAUUUUUAUUAAAUAAUUGAUGUUAGGAUCAUGCCCAACCAUAAAUUUGUGAAGUCCUAAAAGCAUAAUUUUUGUGAUAAGUGUCUCCAAGAUUUGAAAAUUUUGUAUAAGAAAAAUCCCCAGCCUCUGUGUUAAACUUGUAGGAAAAAUCUUUUACAUUAAAAAAUGUAAGAAUUGGCAACUCUAUAACUUUUUUUCAUUUUCUUUUCCAAUCUGUAAUUAACUAUAGUUGCUGAUCCAGCUAAAAAUUCCGCUGAUGUCUUUCUCGCAUACUUCUCUCCUAACACAUGCAGUCCAGUAGGAAGAGAUUUGGAUUUUUUAUCUUGUCAUAAUUUUUGUUUUUAAUUAUUUUUUGUUGAAGCAUGACCAAAGUUGAAUAUAAAUUGAAAAAGAUCCUAGAUGUCUAGAAAGUUCCUUUUGGUUACAGAGGCAGAGAGUACAGUCAUGUGUUGCUUAAUGACGGGGAUAUAUUCUGAAAAAUGCAUCAUUAGCCCAUUUCAUCGUUGUGCAAACAUAGAGUCUACUUACACAAACCUGGAUGGUAUAGCCUGCUACACACCUAGGCUAUAUGGUACUAAUCUUAUGGGACCACUUGUAUAUGUAUGUAGUCCAUCAUUGACUGAAAUGUUGUUAUGUGGCACGUGACUGUGCAGCAAAGAAUUCUGAUUUAGAAAAGGCAUUUUGUGGUGUAAUUUCAUCUAAGAACACUCCAAUUCUUAUUACAAUAUUAUAUUUGAACUUUUUUUACUUCCCAGAUGUUGCAUAGCAUUUAUUGGGGCCUUUAGUUCUUUCUCUUAGUGCUUUGCAACUAUGUUUAAAUUUUAGCCACUAGCUGUCUUUGUUGAGUAGAAACUAUCAAAUGAGAGGAUAUAGCCAUAGAAUGUGUGAUGGAGUUAACACCCAUUUUGACACACCUUUGCAAUAAGAGAAUCUUGCAUUUGCUUGUUAAAUGUACUGUGUUCUGAGAAUCUUGUAGUAGGAAUGGAGUAUAAUCUAAUGUAAACAUUUUGAGUACUUAUUACUUAUGUCAUCAUAAAUAAAGGUAGAUCAUUUUAGGGAAAGCCUUCUGUCUAAGCUUUGUAUGAAUUAAAUUUGAUGUAUACUUAAUUAAAUUUAAAAGUAUUUAACAAGAGUAUAGAGACAAAGUACCUUCAUGGAUUUCAAAAUUUUUAUAAAAUUAAAUCUUAUACAAUACACCCUUUUGAGGAGGCACUGUACUACAUGUUAUGUGCCAUUAAUCCAUGCUAAAAAAUUUAUAUUACUGUUCCAAACGUGCGUUGAUUAAGGUGUUUUAAGUAUUUGAACAAAUCUGCUUAUAUGAGACAUUUUUUCAUAGUAUUUGUAUAGUUUGUAUUAUUCAGAAAGAACAAGGGAUACUAAUAAAACUAGACUUAUUCAUUCCAUUUAUUUUUUUUUUUUUACAAUGGUGGAAGCAACUUUCCAAAAGUUCAGUCUUAGCUCAUGCUACAUACUGUUUCAUGGACAAUGACCUUAUUUUCAUUUUUCUGAUAAUUUCAUAUAUACAUAUUUACAUGCAUAGACACAUAGGCUCAUGAUUUUGGUUUGUUACUUUCAGCUGUUUCUAUAACUAUAAAGCAUUUUCUUGGAUUUUUUUUUUUUUUUUUUUUUUUUUUUGCUGAGGAAGAUUCACCCUGAGCCAACAUCUGUGCCAGUCUUCCUCUGUUUUAUAUGUGGGUCGCUGCCAUAGCAUGGCCACUGACAAGGGGUGUAGGUCUGCCCCCGGGAACCAAACCUGGGCUGCCAAAGUGGAGCAUGCCAAACUUAACCACUAGGCCACGGACCGGCCCAGGAUAUUUUUUUCCGAGAGAAAAAAGAAACUUUUGAAUUUUAACUUCUGAAUUUUAUUUGGGCAAAACUAUCAGAUGAGAAGCAUAACGAAAACAUCUUUUUCAGUUGGCAAAAUGUUAAGCCAGGGAUAGCAACAUCUGUCCUGUUUCCAUGUUAAUUGUAAUUGAACCUGGAUAGCCACAUUAAUAGAAUUGGUGCUGUUGAAAUAUAGUAAUUUUUAAAUUUGUUGAUAAUGAAAAUAGUCCGUAAGUAUGCAGGAUGUGGUAUUUGGACUUUUUGUUCAUCUGUGUCACAUCUGCUACAGAAAAUGGCUAACCCAAGUGAACAGUUUUUACUGUAGACAGUGACUAUAACACAAAAUAUUGCUUUUACCACAGUAUAAAUAGUACACAGAUUAUAAAAAUCAUUUUAAUAACAAUAUUUUUAAGCUAUUUACCAUGGCCCUCUUGAUAGACCUUAGUAACAUUGUUUCAAUGAUAUGGUUCUAGUUUAUUUUGUUCUGAAAUUUUCUACCACAGAUGUUCUCUCUGGUUUCUGUCCAUUAGAUAAUUACUCUUUGUAAGUAAAGGAAAAUGAUCUAAGAUAAGGAGGGGGAGACUUGUUCUCAGUUCUAAUAGGGAUCUUAAAAAUUAUUUUGUCUUGAUAUAAAUAACAAUAACUCUUUAAACUUGAUUUUUCUCUCCUUCAUAUACUCUUACCACAAAUUUAAAAGUUUACUUUGUAUUCAUCACUAGCAAGGACAAUAAACACUUUUGCACUGAAAGCCAACAGGAAGAAGUUACAUGGUAUUUUACACUUAAUUCUUGUUCAGAAUUCAGUGCAUCACUUUCUAUUUGCUGAUUUACCAAGGCAGUUAUUUUCAAGGGGAGGAACCUUUUUAAUUACGGUCUCCCAUUACUUCCAUAGACAUUAUGAUCCCAUUCCUCAGGUGUGUUGAGAUUAAAACAUGGCUAAUAACCACCCCAAUUAAGGAAAGUCAUUUCAAGUCCUAUGGACUGGAAAUUGUAUUUCCAAUAAUAUAUUGAUAACAAAUUUUACUAUAAUAAAAACAAUUUGGCAAUCCUGGAGAGGUUAUGUAUUUUCCAACAUACUUUGAAACUGUGAUUUAAACUAAGAACUAGAUUGCCUUACAUCAAUAUAAAUUGUUAGAACCAAUUCCAGUUUAUAAGAGAUCCCUAGUAAAAGUUUUGACUCAGCACAAUUAAUCUUCAUCUUUCACAUCCCAGAUAGAAUCAGUGUUUCUUGAAUAUAUAUUUUUGAAACUUAUUUGUGCAAUAUAUUACUAAAUUAGUUAAUAUUUUACUUUUCAAAUUCAGAGAAAGAAAACAUCGCUUGUAUUCAAGGAAAAACUCAUUGUUGGUGGAUCACCUAUUUUCCACCUUUGAGCCUUUCCUGUCCUCCUUAUAGCCAGCAUGACUUCUCUUAACUUAGAUUUCUUUGUAUAUAGUGAAGUUUAGAAUAUAUAUAUUUUUUCUUUUACUACUUUCUGAGGCAUUAUGUAAAGGGUUCAUACUAGAUGGUCAGUUAAAUAUGUUAGCAUGAAUUGAAAGCUAGAGCAAGUGUUAAGGAGGGAAUGUGUGUGUCUUGGUAGACCAGGAGGCCUUUCCCAGCAAUUUAAGCAACAAAUGUGAAUACUUCACAAAGCUGUAAAGACUAUUGUCUUAAGUACUACAGUAACAACAACCUUUUGUGAAGACCAUAGCGUUUAAAAGAAACUUUGAGGCUUUCUGGUUUACAUAUAUUUUAUAAUUUUUUGUUGGUUUGCAAUGUGUAAGCUUUGAUUUAAACAAAGUUUACUUCAAUAUGUUAAUGAUGUAGUCAAAAUAUUUAUUGAGAGACAAAAGUAUUUUAAUGUUAUACCUGCCAUUUUUUCUUAAAGCACAUUUGCAUCUAACUGCCAGUGCCAUUGUCAAAACUUGUUUUUAAAAUUGUACAUUUCUUAUUAAACUAAGUGCUUAAUUUUAAAGUAUUAUGUUGCCAUCAUAUAGUGUAUAAAAAUGUAUAAUUGCCAAUUCACUGUAACUAUUAUUUAUUUUUAAAUGAAAGUGUAAGAAUGCUUUCUGAUGCAAGAAAUUUGAGUUUAGUAAACUGUUUCUUUUAUCCUCUUUUCUAAUGUAGCAUAAAAAUUGCCCUGAGUUUGAGUUAAAACUGCCAGUAGAUGACCAGCCACAAGUGAACCACUUCUCAGUUGCCAGUCUUUGCUCAUAUUAAAAACAAGAGAUGUUUAGUUUUUGUAUCUAAUCUCUGAUUAUUAAAAUGUUGAUAAAGUUUAUUUUUACCAAAGAGAUGCAAUUCAUUAUGAUAAAGUAUUGCUGAAUAAACCUUGUUUUAUAACA